AUGGAAUCUUCUUCAGAUCACCAGCUUUCCUCCUAUUCUUCCUCCUCUUCUUCUGGCUCCCUCAUCGAUGACCAUCAGUCAUCAUCUUCUGCCGCCCCACCUGCCAAAAGGCAAAAAAGGGAGUAUGACUCCCAAAAACGCGUCGAGUCGUAUACGGCCUCACACAAGCCAGCAUUUGAGGCCGUCAGGGAGGCAGCAGUGGAUUCACUGCUCCUCUACCUCACCUACCACGAGACCUCAGAGGAGGUCUGGCUCAGGGACGUCCCUCAGCCAAGUAACCAGGUCGAAGGGGGACGCCCAUACUACUGGGCAAUCUCGGGCACCAUGACGCCCAUCGAAGAAGAAGGCUGGAAAGCCACAAUCGGGAGGGGCAAUUCAGGUCCCUCCCAAACCGGUAGCCGUUGGGGUACCGAAAAUCUUCACAUCCUCGAGGGGAUGAUGAAGUCGGGCCGUGUUCGCCCGUUCUUCGCUGACGAGGCGAAACCCGCCGUUUGCGGGAUAGUCGCCCGGGGGAGUAAUGUCCUCGGGUUGGGCUGGGGUCUGAUGGGUGACCAUGAAGACCCAUCAACAUACGACAAGGAGAAGUAUGCCGCUAAGGGGAUUACUCUCCUCAGGGAACUCCCUGACGCUGCGGACCGGAUGGUUCCCUGCUUGUCGGGGGGUUCCGGGGAUGGGAACCCGAAGGGCAGAAAAAAGAACAAGAGGUAG